GUCACCAUCUUCAUUAAGCCCAUUAAGUCCUACGUAAACAACCCCUUAGUCCUAAAAAAAAUAAAGCAUCGUGCGACCACACUUCCAUCGUCCCACAAGCUUGUUCUAAGGAUUGAAAUAAUUGCCACUAGCUAUAUGCUUCGUUGCCCACCACUUUACUUUGCCACCAACCUUUUUUUAAGCAAGUGAGAAGAAGAAAAUAACAUAAUCUCUCAUGAGUAAAGCUACUUAAGAAGUGAAAUGAAAACAACACCUUACCAAGAUAUAAUACAAAAACUUAGUAACCACCCUUUAGAUCAUUGACAACAUCAUGAGGAAUGGGUGUCACAGUCUCCAAGGUAGCACCUUCUACCACGUUCCUCUCCACAUCGAGGAAGUGAAUGAUAAUAUUGAACAAGUAAAUGAUGACCCAGAAGACGUAGAUGAUGUUCAAGAUGGCGGAAUUCCUGAUCAGGGGGAGCCUUCAUCUGAAGACCAUGCUGACAACGCUCAACUUCGACGUUCUACGCGAGGUAUAGUUCCACAAAGAAGAUACCCGACAUCUGAAUGGAUCCUUCUUACUAGCGAGGAGGAGCCAGAGAGCUUUCGAGAAGCUCAAUCUCAUCAUGACAAGUCCAAUUGGUGGGAAGCCAUGGGGGAUGAGAUGAAAUCCUUGCAAAAGAACCAAACUUAUGACUUGCAGAAGAACUUUGCCACCAACCUUCACCACAAAUGUCUUAAGGAGUAGUGGAACCAUUAUUACAAUUAAGCUUGCCCCUUUGUUACUACCCAUUGGCCCAUAGCAUAUUAGUGCAAUUUGGCUAAUGCUUCAAUGUAGAAUUAGAAUACUCUCCCAAGAGUGCUACUUCAUCUUGAUAAAAGAGUAUUAGAUAUGUCGGUCAUUAGAAAUGUUAGUUAUAGGGGAGGGUUCAAAUACAAAGAGACGUUUUCAUGCAAAGUGAAAAUAAAUCGUGUGCAUUCAGUUUAGGAUCUAAUGGUUCAAAAUAAGCUAAUAAUGCACUAGAUUCUAUAAAAAAAACGUGGUGGCAAUUUCGUAGAUAUUGAAAGUUUUUUACCUCCUCUAAAAAAUGCGGCAGAAACAUGAAAUAG